AAACUAGGACUAGAUUACUCCUUUCUAAUUUUCUAUAAAUAGACAAAACUAUUCUCAUAUUCUUAUUCUCACAUUCUCUCUCACUUCUUCUUCUUUGGAAAAAAAAAAGUAAACCUUGAUUCUUGAUUAGAUAAUAAGCAUCGUUUAUAAUGGAAACUGAAGGAAGCGCAGUCGUUUUAGUGGAGUCGAAGAAGAUCAUCUUGAUCAGUUCAGAUGGUGAAUCGUUUGAGGUAGAAGAGGCAAUUGCCAUACAAUCCCAAACGAUCAAACAUAUGAUAGAAGAUGGUUGUGCUGAUAAUGGCAUUCCUUUGCCUAACGUCACCAGUAAGAUUCUUACUCUUGUCAUCGAAUACUGUAAGAAGCACGCCGAUUCCUCCAAUUCCACUGAUCUCCAAUCUUGGGAUGCCAAUUUUGUCAAGCUUGACCAAGCCACACUUUUUGAACUUAUUUUGUCUGCUAAUUACCUCAAUAUCGCGAAUUUACUUGACUUAACAUGUCAAACUGUGGCUGAUAUGAUCAAAGGAAAGACUCCGGAAGAAAUUAGGAAGUUAUUUAAUAUCAAGAAUGAUUUCACUCCCGAAGAAGAAGAAGCUAUUCGCAAGGAAAAUCAAUGGGCUUUUGAAUAAAUAUUAUUAUUUAUUAAUUUUAAUUGAUCAUUAUAGUUUGAAAUCAUUUUUUCUAGUGGAAUUCUUUCACAUUAGGUUUAGUUGAUAGGUUAGCAGAAUUAAUUUUUCUUUUCUAAUAUUAGUGAUUUCAA